AUGCCCGAUAUCGUCACCUACCCGCCCUUCCACGGGCCGAGCAUCGCGCCCUCGCCUUGCGUGCCGCCAAAGGAGCUGCUGCCGCUGUUGCGACCGCCGCCUUCGACUCCCCCUCCCCAUCCGCUUCGACCUGAGAUUGACCCUCUGCCCGCCAGCUACACCCGUUCUCUGCACGCUGCUCCCGCUGCUUGGCCAAAGCACCUCCGCGAGAGUAAGGGAGAGUACUCUCGAGACUCGACGCCGUUCGGCCCUCCGGCUGCUGCGAAUGAAGGCAAGGAGGAGCGCGCCAAGCGCAUCGUGGCUGGUAAAGACGAGUGCAUCAAGCUGCGCGAGCAGGCGAAGGAGUGGGACAUCGAGGAGGCAAAGGCUGGAGGCCACCCCCCGCAGUGGCUUGCUGUGGAGCGCUGGAAGCGCAACGACCCGCACUCCGACGGCAUCACGCUCGUCCUGACGCAUGCGAACGGACUUCCGAAGGAGCAGUGGCACCCUCUCCUGCGCCGCGCGAUCGCCGCGUCUGAUUCUGGCGCUCCAGGUGGACUGUUCGGUAACGGCAAGCCUGUUAAGGGAUCAACGCCGAUUAUCAACGACAUCUGGCUUCUCGAGGACACGCACCACGGCUGCUCUGCUGACCUGAACGCCGGCAAACUCGCCCGUGUCGUGGCGUGGGCCGAUGUGCCGCGCGAUGUGCUCAACUUUGUCACGCAUGUUCUUCCCUCCGCGGUUAAUUCGAACUCCUACGCUCUCGACUGGACCGACAAGGAGGCCCCUGUUAAGAACCUCGUCGGCCUCGGUCACUCCCUAGGCGGCAACGGCCUUGUGCAAGCAGCGGCGCUGCGGCCCGACCUCUUCAGCUCCCUCUUCCUCGUUGAGCCGAUGACGCAACCCGGACUCGGCCGGCCAAUGAUGCGCAAGAUGGGCGAUCCGAUCCCGCUCGGCGCGCUGAAGCGACGCAACAUCUGGCCCUCCCCCGCCGACGUCAAGAAGGACGCCAUGACCAAGACGUGGGACGAGGACGUGUGGCGUCUCUGGCUGUCCCAUGGCAUCGUGCCAGUCGACUACAGCAAGCCUGACGGUGAGGUCACGCUCGCGACGGCACCGUGGGCUGAGUGCGCCGUGUUCUCGGACCCGGUCGGACCGCAGCGCGGAUGGUACGCCCUGCCCAAGGUUCGUUGCCCUGUGGGAUUCAUCAUGGCUGGUAAUCCCACCUGGCUCGGCGGACCGGAUGUCACGAAGGAGAUUCCCUGGCGCGCACCCCGCGGCCGCAACGAGAGACUCAUGGAUGCAGGGCACCUUGCGAUCCAGGAGAGGCCGGACCUUGUCGCGGACAGUUUCUGGAGGUUCCUCACGACGCUCAGCGCGGGCGAGUGGGACAAGACGGACGCUAAGCUUUAG